AUGGGCGCCUGGCGCCAAGCAGCUCCGUCCCUCGGCGUGGGGCUGGGCUCGGCCGCCAGGAUCAGCCCCGCGGGCCCCCAGCAGCUGCAGGAUGCGGUGGCAGGGGAGGAGGGCACCCGGGUGUUACCCAGCUGGUCUGAAACGCUGCCACCCCCUGCGGCUGCCACCCCCUGCCGCUGCCACCCCCUGCGGCUGCCACCCCCUGCCGCUGCCACCCCCUGCGGCUGCCACCCCCUGCGGCUGCCACCCCCUGCGGCUGCCACCCCCUGCCGCUGCCACCCCCUGCGGCUGCCACCCCCUGCGGCUGCCACCCCCUGCCGCUGCCACCCCCUGCGGCUGCCACCCCCUGCGGCUGCCACCCCCUGCGGCUGCCACCCCCUGCCGCUGCCACCCCCUGCGGCUGCCACCCCCUGCCGCUGCCACCCCCUGCGGCUGCCACCCCCUGCCACUGCCACCCCCUGCCGCUGCCACCCCCUGCGGCUGCCACCCCCUGCCGCUGCCACCCCCUGCCGCUGCCACCCCCUGCGGCUGCCACCCCCUGCCGCUGCCACCCCCUGCGGCUGCCACCCCCUGCGGCUGCCACCCCCUGCCGCUGCCACCCCCUGCCGCUGCCACCCCCUGCCGCUGCCAUCCCCUGCCGCUGCCACCCCCUGCCGCUGCCACCCCCUGCCGCUGCCAUCCCCUGCCGCUGCCACCCCCUGCCGCUGCCACCCCCUGCCGCUGCCACCCCCGGCCGCUGCCACUUGCCCCUUGGCAGCCCCCCUGGGGGUGCUUGGCUGUGGUGCUGGCAGGGCAGGGUGA